GACUGGCCGUCUCCUAUAUCGAUGUCAUCGACAGUCGAAGUGCGGAAAUCUACAUUCGUCGCGCACUGCACUCGCCUACACUCGCUGUCAGAUCUCCCCGCGCUGACCUCGCAUCUGCAUCAAUCGACAUCUCGGCUCAAACGCGCAACGCAUUGCAUGUACGCGUGCCGCAUAGCCUCACCAGUGAAGUCUGACGUGAGCUCGGGGAAAACGCUGUAUCGUCAAGAUGACGGCGGGGAGAAAGGCGCAGGCGAAUUUCUCGCUGACAUUCUGGAGAAGGGUGAGUGCCAUGAUACAAUCGUCAUAGUUUGGCGGUGGUAUGGCGGCGUGAAGCUAGGUGGAGAGCGAUGGAGGGUGAUUGGACGGGUGGCCAGGGAGGCGUUGAAGACUGGAGGUUUCUUCAACGACAAACAA